CCUCGCUGCGCUCCGUAGCGGGCUGGAAGGCGUUGCCUGGAGACAGGAACGUCUCAGCAGCCAAACAAGAUGGAGAAGUACGAGAAGAUAAAGGUGGUGGGCCGAGGAGCGUUCGGCAUAGUGCACCUCUGCCGGCGGCGGACUGAUGGGGCUUUAGUGAUCCUAAAGGAAAUCCCGGUGGAGCAGAUGACACGGGAUGAGCGUCUCGCCGCACAGAACGAGUGCCAAGUGCUCAAAUUACUCAACCACCCAAACAUAAUUGAAUAUUAUGAGAAUUUCCUGGAGGACAAGGCACUCAUGAUCGCAAUGGAAUAUGCACCAGGGGGAACGCUUGCAGAUUACAUCCAGAAGCGAUGCAAUUCUCUGCUGGAUGAAGACACCAUACUGCAUUUCUUCGUGCAGAUCUUAUUGGCCCUUUACCAUGUGCACAACAAACUCAUUCUUCACCGAGACCUCAAGACACAGAAUAUUUUACUAGAUAAGCACCAGAUGAUAGUCAAAAUAGGCGACUUUGGAAUCUCCAAAAUUCUAGUUAGCAAGAGCAAAGCUUACACUGUUGUCGGGACACCUUGUUACAUCUCCCCUGAACUGUGUGAAGGAAAACCGUACAACCAGAAGAGUGACAUUUGGGCCCUGGGCUGUGUACUCUAUGAACUCGCCAGCCUCAAAAGAGCCUUUGAGGCAGCUAACCUACCGGCAUUGGUGCUAAAGAUCAUGAGUGGCACUUUUGCUCCCAUCUCAGACCGAUACAGCCCCGAGCUCCGGCAGCUCAUACUCAACAUGCUCAAUCUGGAUCCCUCCAAGCGGCCCCAGCUCAACGAGAUCAUGGCCCUUCCCAUCUGUAUCAGGCCCUUGCUCAACCUCUACACUGACAUCGGCAAUGUCAAAAUGCGCAGAAUUGAAAAGCCGCUGUCCACCGUGCAGACAGGCACUCAUGGCAGACCCGGAGGACGAGUAACUGGAACCAGAACUAGAGGUGGUCUGUCUAGCUUAUGUUCCACAAAGAUGAUGCACUCUCUCCCCUUGUCAUCGGUGUACACAUGGGGCAGCGGCAUCUCCGCGCCUCUGCGUCUGCCCAUGCUCAACACGGAGGUGCUGCAGGUGUCCCUGGGCCGCACCCAAAAGAUGGGCGUCACCAAGUCUGGGCGCCUCAUCACCUGGGAGGCUCCUUCUGUAGGCUCUGGCGAGGCGUCCCUGCCCGGUGCUGUGGAACAGAUGCAACCGCAGUUCAUCUCUCGCUUCCUGGAGGGCCAGUCUGGUGUCACCAUCAAAUCGGUCUCCUGUGGAGAUCUUUUUACGACCUGCAUGACAGACAGGGGCAUAAUUAUGACAUUUGGAAGUGGCAGCAAUGGAUGUCUGGGACAUGGAAAUUUCAAUGAUGUGACACAACCCAAAAUAGUGGAGGCCCUCCUGGGUUAUGAGCUGGUUCAGGUGUCCUGCGGGGCCUCGCAUGUGUUGGCUGUGACCAAUGAGAGAGAGGUGUUCUCCUGGGGCAGAGGAGACAAUGGUCGUUUAGGGCUGGGCACUCAGGACAGCCACAAUGCCCCACAGCAGGUGAACGUCCCAGCUGAAUUUGAAGCCCACCGUGUAUUGUGUGGAGUGGACUGCUCCAUGAUCAUCAGCACCCAGCACCAGAUAAUGGCCUGUGGCAGCAACAGGUUUAAUAAGCUUGGACUGGAUAAGAUCAGCGAUACUGAGGAGCCGCUCUCUAGUUGUCAAGUGGAGGAGGUCCAGAUUUUCCGGCCUGUCCAGUCAGCUCCACUCAACGUAGAGAAGAUCGUAUACAUCGAUAUCGGAACGGCCCACUCUGCCGCAGUCACGGAGAAAGGUCAGUGCUUCACCUUUGGCAGUAACCAGCACGGGCAGCUUGGCUGCAGCUCUCGUCGCAGCAGCAGAGUGCCCUACCCGGUGCCAGGGCUGCAGGGCGUCACCAUGGCAGCAUGCGGAGAUGCCUUCACUCUGGCUAUUGGAUCAGAGGGCGAGGUGUAUACCUGGGGGAAAGGAGCCCGUGGCCGCCUCGGGAGGAAAGAGGAGGAUUCUGGGAUACCGAAGGCAGUGCAGCUUGAUGAGAGCCACCCAUUCACGGUUACAUCAGUGGCUUGUUGCCAUGGCAACACACUCUUGGCUGUGAAACCCUUUUUUGAAGAUCCCAUCCCCAAGUGAUAUGUCCUUCUCAACGACGGCUGCGGAAGUUAAAGACCGCGUCUUUUGGAAAAGUGACUGAAGGUUUGCUGCAAUUAAGGCAUUGAAGACUUUGCAGUCCUUCAAAACAUAAUGGCAAUUAUUAGAAAGUGCAAUAAUUAAGUGUCUCCGGUUUGCGAAGCUUUACCUGAUGCCUUUUUUUGUGAAUGAAGUGCCUGAGUAAUGUUGUGCUGCCAUUAGCAAACAGUGAGUGGGUGAGCAAAACAUUUCGAGAGUCAAAACAUGGGAUGAGGUCUUGGCUCUCGUUUCAUUUCAAGGAGAAACCUUUUGCUCGAGUGUUUGUUUACAGACCGCAAAGUCAUUAUAUGACACACUCCCAGGAAGUUAUACAGGUUCUGUGGGUUUGUGCUGAGACACAAAACAGUGCAUGUCAGAGAACUACUACAGAGCUGCCAGAGGCCUACAGCGCUGCUCAGCUCCUCAGUGGGAGAGCGUGUUUGGAUUUAGCCCAUGACCAGUGAUAACAGACAGACUGUCGGAAGAAAACCUCAUAUGUCCAUUUUGGUCAUUUUUCAGUUUUUGACAUGAUUUCAAACGACCUGUUGUUCUUUACAUUGUGUGUAAAUUUCAUGAUGAAUGGACCAAAGCAAACGCCCCAAAAUGGCUUGGAAAGACGUCUGGUUCCAUUGACUUCCAUUAAAAGCACAGUAGGUUUUUUCCUUCUCCUGUAAAGUCACCCUUUUGGACAUGCGAGCGUUGUAUUUAAAUGUACCAGCAUGCUUCCCAAUGUUAGUAUCAGUGUUUUUAUGUUUUACGUGUCUGUAUUUUGCCACAAUGCUUGUCCAAAGACUACAGAUGUAUAAAUAAUAAAUAAAUAAACAAAUCCAAACGAG